AUGUCAGCGCGUCGUCAUUUCGGGAUUAUAUUGGUCUUAUAUUGUAUAAGCUUGAGUUAUAGCUACAGGCUCUUAGAAAGCAAUGAAGAUCUAAAAACAUGUCCAGCCCUAAAUAAGGAUAUAAUAUUCGAGGAACCACAUUUGAAUAAUAACCAAAGGGAACUUUACAACGUUCACAAAAUACCACGAAGACAUCACUUCAACUGGAAUAAACAUGAAAUCCAACCUGAAAACUGGCUUUUGCGGAUUAUUAGAAUAAAAACCAUUGGUGCAUCACCAAGUCCUAAAGUCCAAGAAGUAAAAGAUGAUAAACCUAUGGAUGGAUUUGCUCAGAGGCUUUUUAAUAUUCUAAGACAGACCCUCAAUAUGGAAGAGCCCUCCUAUAAGCACAAAAACGAGCAAAAGACCAUGUUCGUAUUCAAGAAAAAUCCUUUUCCGCCAGAACAUCACAUAGUGAAAAGGGAACCUGUGCAAUACAAUUACAUGUGA